UCUCCGAUCUCUGUUGACACCGGCCAUUCAGCAGAUCCCCACAGAGCAGCCUCGACUGACGGAUUCACAGACCCCAGCUCCCCUCAGUUCCUGUUUCCGCCGCAGCCGUCCUACUCAGUUUUGUGGAGCAACACGUCUCGGCUGUCUGCUGCUUCAGGACCCAGCCUCCGCAGCUCGGGUCGGGUGCCUCUGGAAGCCGGCGUAUCAAGUCAAGGAUGCAACUUGAAUAAAACAUAUCCUGUGGGAGUGGAAGGACACAGAAAGGUGGUGUUGGACGACCUUGUCAACAGGGAUCUGGGUGGAGGAGAGAAGAUACCAAUCAGGCUGUGAAAACUCAGACUUUUGAGCAUAUUAGCCAAUCAUGCUUUAGCACAGAGGAGAGGCUGGUUUAUUGGCGGAGAAACACCCACUGUAUUUUUACCAAACACUCCUUGGUCAUAAACAGACACAUUUCCCAUCUGUCAUUUCCCAUACCUGCCGAGAUGUCAAUGCCACUGUGGCAUUUGUGGUGACAGAGCACAAAGUGCGUGUGCGCAUCCGGCUGGGAGGCCGGCGGGUCGGUGGGUGUACAGGCACACCUAGAGGCAUUUUUGGGUCGCGUUGCUGAAACAUGCGGCCCUGGGCGGGUUCAUGGCGUUGGAUUACCCUGGUGCUUUUGGCCUGGGGAACACUCCUCUUCUACAUUGGUGGUCACUUGGUGAGGGACAGCGAGCAUCCGGAGCGGUCCAGCCGGGAGCUCUCCAAGAUCUUGGCCAAGUUGGAGCGACUCAAGCAGCAGAACGAGGACCUGCGGCGCAUGGCCGAAUCGCUCAGGAUACCAGAGGGUCAAGCCGAUGCCGGGUCCUUGGCAGCAGGAAGGCUGCGCUCCCUGGAGGACCAACUAACCAGAGCCAAACAGAAGAUCCACAGCUUCCAGAAACUUACUGGAGAUGGUCCCGGGCCCACUCAGGAGGAGCUGCGGCGGAGGGUGGAGAAUGGGGUUAAGGAGUUCUGGUACUUUGUCCGCAGCGAGGUGAAGAAACUGGCCAAUGUUGAGCCCAGCGAGAGGCAGAAGUACGCUGACACACUCCUGCAGGACCUGGGACACCAGGAGAGGUCCAUCAUGACAGACUUGUACUACCUCAGCCAGGCAGAUGGAAUUGGUGAAUGGAGAAUGAAGGAGGCUAAAGACCUGUCGGAUCUAGUCCAAAACAGAAUCACCUAUCUACAGAACCCCCCAGACUGCAGUAAGGCGAGAAAGCUGGUGUGUAACAUCAAUAAGGGCUGUGGUUACGGAUGCCAGCUCCACCAUGUCGUCUACUGCUUCAUGAUCGCUUAUGGCACCCAGCGCACGCUCAUUCUGGAGUCUCACAACUGGCGCUAUGCUCCCGGCGGCUGGGAAACAGUCUUUCUGCCCGUCAGUAACACCUGCACUGACCGCUCUGGGGCCACCACUGGACACUGGUCAGGUGAGGCCCAUGAUAAGGACGUCCAAGUUGUGGAGCUGCCCAUAGUGGACAGUCUCCACCCUCGCCCUCCAUACCUGCCCCUUGCGAUCCCCGAGGACCUGGCCCCACGCUUGCAGCGUCUGCACGGCGACCCGUCCGUAUGGUGGGUGUCCCAAUUUGUCAAGUACCUGGUGCGUCCUCAGGCGUGGCUUGAGAAGGAGAUCCAGCAGACCACUGCCAAGCUGGGCUUCAAACACCCCAUAAUUGGAGUCCAUGUGAGGAGGACAGAUAAAGUGGGGACUGAGGCAGCCUUCCACCCCAUAGAGGAGUACAUGCUGCAUGUGGAGGAGCAGUUCCAACAUCUGGCCAGGCGUGUUCAUGUCGACAAGAAACGGGUUUACCUAGCUACCGAUGACCCAUCUUUGCUGCAAGAAGCUAAGACCAAGUACCCAGACUAUGAGUUCAUUAGCGACAACUCCAUCUCGUGGUCGGCCGGCCUCCACAACCGCUACACCGAGAACUCACUUAGAGGAGUCAUUCUUGACAUCCACUUCCUCUCCCAAACCGACUUCUUGGUCUGCACUUUCUCUUCGCAGGUCUGCCGUGUGGCUUAUGAGAUUAUGCAGACACUGCAUCCAGAUGCCUCCUCCUUCUUCUACUCUCUGGAUGACAUCUACUACUUCGGAGGUCAAAACGCCCACAAUCAGAUUGCCGUCUACCCCCACCAGCCCCGCAAUAGCGAGGACAUUCCCCUGGAGCCCGGCGACGUGAUCGGCGUGGCCGGGAACCACUGGGACGGCUACUCCAAAGGCAUCAACCGCAAACUGGGCCGCACCGGCCUCUACCCUUCCUACAAGGUCAGAGAGAAAAUCGAGACCGUGAAGUACCCGACGUACCCCGAGGCAGACAAACUGCUCAACUCUCAAAAUAAGUAAAAGAAGAAAUGAUCGAAAAAAAAUUAAGAGAAGGAGUGAGGAAAAAAAACAUGUAGUCUCCGAUUCCAGAGAAGGAGGCUGCUUUUGUACAGAAGAGAGAGGCGUACUUAGUGCGCUAAGCUGAGAAGAAAAGAGGAAGCCUGUACCCAGGGGUGAUAGGAAUGCGAAUGCACUCUGUGUGUUAAUGCGUGAGCGUGAAUGUGUGUGUAUGUGGGAGAGAACGCGUGUGCGCACUUGUGUAAAUGCCUGUGCAUAUGUCAGGUCAUGGAAGACUUGCACCCUACCACUACUCCCCCGCCUGACGUUCUGAUAUCGGGUCCGUAGACAUUUAGACGUGAACAUUGAUUUUAAAUAAAGCAAGAAAACAAUUAAAAAUCUACACAACCGACCGAGCUGUCUCUCUCCCGAGACGGCGCCGGGACUACUGUAGAGUGAGCUUCGAAUCAAUGACUGAGGAGAAAAAAAAUGACAAACUGGAAAAGAAGUGUUUUGAUUUUUUUUUUUUUUAAUUUAAUUAUUUUCAGUGGUUUUGAUUCUAAUCUUGCCUUUUUUUGUUGUUCGUUUUCUCUUGUUUUUGUUUACUGAAUGUACUGGACCCUCUUCUCGCCACGCUCACCGCACCUACACCCCCCUCGAUCCCCUUCCUCCUUUACCCCUCUUACUGUGCUUCCUCCAUCUCGUCUCUUCACGUGCAAUUAAUUUUACAAUACCAUGUUGUGCUUUUAUCAAGUGUCUUUUUAAGGUCUUAAUUUUGUAUGUAUGGGGCUUGUGCAUUGUAUACUGUACUGUGUCCGUGUGUGUGUUGAAAGAGAGGAUGAAUGGGUGCGAUCAAAGUGUGCCUGUGUGUGCUGUUUAAAUCUAAGGGGCCAUGUCAUGACCAGGUGCCUGGUUACUGGUGAGCAGUUUUGGGGGGUUUUUUUGUUGUUUUUUUUAUUUCUUCCUUCCCCGAAUGAAUGUUUGUGCAGUUGAGACUGGCAGCGACAGUGGGGACUGUCCUCAUCCCCUCAGAACAACGGGGAACGCCAGUCACUCCGCCGGUAACGAACAAUGGUAAAAUUAUGUGGAGUGUGGUGAACUCACAGUGCACGCGCACAGACACCCACGCAGACACAAGAGCCGUCCCGGGGCUCACCAAACGAAGCACUCCACUGAGAAAAUGUCCUUUUCGGCAUCUUUGCUGUUUCUUCUGUCCAUCUGUUUUUCUUUUUGUUUGUUGUUUGUUUUUUAAAAUUUUAACAUUGCUAUUUUAAAAUAAAUGAGGAAAAUAUGCCUAUGUUGAAAAUAAUAAUGAUAUGUCAUAUCAAAAUUCCCCAUCAUGAAGGCUUUUUUGUUUUUCAUAACUUAUGUUCUUGGGCAUUGUCUUUGAUAACCACAGAUCGAAUAAACUUGAGAAACCAACACUGCA